GGGCUCUCCUCUCUCUCUCUCUCACUCUCUCUGAAACCCCCUGUCCACUAGUUCAAAGCUACAACUCUCAUUUUCCUUUUAUGUUUUAAGAAAAAAGAAUUUUAAGGAUCUAUCUAUACCCAUCUAUAUAUUCCCCACACCCUCUUCAUUUUAUGGUCUUUACACAUUUGCUUCAUCCUUGCAAAGAUCUGAAUCUGGGAGGGAGGGAGGGAGCGAGAGAGAGCGAGAGAGAAAAUUCUGAGGCACCCAGAUGAAGUUCUUCUUGUAGGGAGAACAAAUGAAGGGAUGAAGCCAAUAGAACCCUCCAAACCAUCAAUCUACCUCUAGGGUUUCAGAUCAGUCUUGGUUUGGAUCUUAAGACAAGAUUAGGGUUUCUGUCUUUUAGGUUUCCAAGCAUAUAUAUGUUUGUCUAACUCUUGCCCUUAUAAAUCUAGCAUUGAAUAUAUACACAUACACAGCCAUUUUACAAGUUUCUCUCCGAAGUUUUUGUGCUAUCGUGCGGCUGAUUGGUGCGAUUCAUCACGAUUUGUCCAAGUUACAAACUAAGCUAUGAGAAGUGCAUGAAGUGAAACUCGAGUCGUUGCGUAAAACGUGAGGGUUUUGGGAGGCUGUGAAGAUCGCGUGUUUGAUGUCAGGGUUAGAGCCCAACCAAGGGCCGCGCUACGUCCAUCACCUCCUUGGACCGGAACUACAGCUGCAAAGGCCGUCGCAGCCUCAGCACAACGCAGUACAGCAACUACAGCUAGCAGCGGAUUCCGACUGUUCACCGGAAAGAGACCAGAAGACGGAUCUCGACGCAGCCACAACGAGCGGCUCAGGCCGCACGUCUUCCUCCUCUGGCCGUCGGCCUAGGGGCCGGCCUCCCGGCUCAAAGAACAAGCCGAGGCCACCGAUCAUCGUGACAAGGGACAGCCCUAAUGCGCUGAGGUCACACAUACUGGAAAUCUCCGAUGGAUCGGAUAUUGUCGAAUCGGUGACGAACUACGCCAGGCGCCGAGGCCGUGGUGUAUGCAUCCUCAGCGGCACUGGCACCGUCACGAACGUCACCUUACGCCAACCUGCUGCUCCCUUGGGAAGUGUCGUGACCCUGCACGGGCGAUUCGAGAUCCUAUCCCUAACAGGAACGGCGCUGCCACCACCUGCUCCUCCUGGAGCUGGAGGCCUGGCGAUAUUCCUAGCGGGCGGUCAGGGGCAAGUGGUGGGAGGGAACAUAGUCGGGCCACUAACGGCUGCCGGCCCGGUGGUGCUGAUGGCGGCUUCCUUCACGAAUGCAGUAUACGACAGGCUGCCCCUUGAGGAGGACGAUGUGGCAACACCAGCUCCCCCAGUGGUCCAACCCUCAGCCUCGCAGUCCUCAACAGUGACCACCCGGCCAGGAGAGUUGUCCGGCGAAGGUGGCAACAGCGGCAGCGUCCCGUUCUAUAGUUUGGGAACCGGGGGUAACUACCUGUUCUCGUCUGGUGGGGCCGACACAUUUGGCUGGGGUGGUGGUGGCAGCGGGGGUGCAACAAGGCCUCCAUUUUAGAAGAUGAACAUGACGAUGACUUUUGUUUUCCGUUGAGACCGCGGACAUCUCGGUCAUAAUUGGCUGAAACUAAUUCCGUUCAAGCGUCGGUUUGUCCUUAUCCUUGUUCAUGAUGACUUUCAUCUUUCUUCUCUUUCGAAUUUGUGGUCUCAAAGGGUUUGUAAAUUUUUCCUUUUUUUUUUUCCUCAUUGUUAGAGAUCAAUGGGAAGGAAAGGUAUUUGAUCGAUUUGGGUGAAUUUCUGAGGUAGUUCUUUCUGACUCUCUUCUUGCUUUUCAAGGUUUGGGAAAGAAAUUUGUUUCACUGGACCAAUCAAAAGAAUUUAAACCACAGGACAAAUGGGGAUCAUAUCAACUAUUGCUUGAUCUUCUUCUUCCCCGUCUUGCCAAAAAUUGGUAACUUUACAUUUGUGAAAUUUCUUAAUGUAUGAUUGUUUUCAGUGAGAUUACGAGAUUUCUUUAGUCAAAUUAAUUUUAUCGAGCAUCUAUAUAUGAAGUUCUUCCAGUUGUUUU